AACGUAGCUUCUACAGAUUGUAGAUUAGAAACGGCCGCCAAACAACAGCGCGCGGAGUGAGUCGCUCCGACAUCCGCGUUCUACCUAGGCGCGCAGAAAUGAACUGCAGCCCUGCCAUAUGCGGGACUUCCUUGCAUACAAAUAGAUUACAGCUGUCUGCUGAGCAACACGGGUUAGUUUGUCGGCGAAGAGGCUCGGCAUGCCUGCCACGGCGAGCCCUGGUCAUAACGGCAGCGGGGAAAGGAGCGGCCGGCGCCGGGCCGAGCGGCCGUGGCGACCAGCCAGCCGACGUUCCUCUCAUUCAGCCCUCCAUGGUCAUACCGCCGCCAUCUUCAGGAAGCCAGUAUGGGCGCAAUCAGAUCUUGGAGAAUGCGUUUAGCGACCGCGGCCCCGGCGGCGGCGGUGGCGCGGGCAGCAGCGGUCGCGGCGGGAAAGGCGGCGGCGGCGGCGGCGGCUGGAAUGGGCGCGGCGGCGGGAGAGGUGGCGGCGCCGACAACGUCUUUUCAGGCGGCGGAUUCUUCGGCGACAAGCGCUACGGGCUGCUGUCGCGGGUGCUGGUGGCCGUGCGCUUCCUGGCCUGGAGCACGGUGCUUUACCUGCUGGUGGAUGCGGUAGUGAACACGGGCACCCGCGCCGCCAAGCGCGUGUGGUCCGGGCGGGAGGCCAAGCGGCGGGCACAGGAGGCACUGGAUCAGGAAGAGGUGGUGGUGGUGGAGGAGGUGGUGGUCGUGGAAGAGGAGCCGGCGGCGGGGCCGGCUGCCGGGGCGGCGGCAGCUGUGUCGGCGGCGACAGCUGGCGCCCCGGGGCCAGUGGCGGCGCAAGUAGCGACGGGGACGGCGGGGACGGCGGGGGCAGCAGGGCGGCCGUCCGGAGCAGCAGCGGCGCCUGCGACGUCGUCGCCACCCUCCAGCCCGGCCAAUGCAGUGGCCGCAGCGACCGGACCUGCAUCAACAGCGGGGGCUCCCGCGCCAGACGGCGCAGCCGGGGCGUCUAGUGCCGACCUGCCCACAGCCGAUAGCGGCGCCGGCGGCGCCACCGCCUCCGCCUCCGCCACUCCCAGCACAGACGGCGCAUCCAGCACAACCGCGGGGCGGGCGCCGUUCGCGCGCUACCCCGAGGGCGCACGACCGGUGGAGUACCCCACUCUCGCCGUGUUCAUCAUGCUGCUUGGGUCGGUGGGCUUUUUCGCCACACUGGGAUGAAGGGGAUUGCUACGUAUUCGUAUUCGUUGUUGCCUGUUGCAUGUAAAUUCGGGCGGAGCGAGAAGUGCCUUCGCGCGUCCAUGGACAAGGACGGUUGAUGGUUGACUUUCGCGAGGUCGCUGGUUGGCCUGCUGCCUGUUGCCUGCUGCACUAGUGCUUGAUAGCUGGGCGCGACUGGGCACAUAUGGCGGGCGGUGCCUGCACAAACCGACCCCGGCUACCGUAUGUCCGGGAGAUGAGGCUAGUAUCGGAACGGCCUUCGGCCUCAGACGGAGGGACGUGGCGUGGGCUCAGCCCAUUUUUCCCUUGCGAGGGAAAGCCACCUUUUCUUGUCGGGGGGCGAUGAAUGGUUUGAGGUGGGUAUGGGGAUGGGGAUGAGGAGACAGGGGCGCUGACCGUCUUGAGGUUGGUGACGGCGGCACGGCGCAUGCUUGUGCAUGCGGCAAGACGACGCUUGUGCAGGUGUGCGGCAGGGAGGCCUGUGGGGCUCUGACAGGCUGUGGGCCCGUGGGCUUCCCGGCCAUGUGGUGCAAGUGUGCCGGGCGAUGGGGCUGAGCGUGCCUGUACGGCGACAGCUGGCCCGGGUUGGUGAGUGUGUGAUGGGACAGUGUCAAGGCAGGUUGGUAAAGUCCCGUAGGGUGCAGCUGAUUCCCAGAACCCAGCAGAUGACAAACAAUUCGCAACGGCAGGGCAGGAGUACGCGGGUUGGUGAGGAGAGGACAUUUCAGUCUUCAUUACAAACCCGAGCUCAAGCACGCGGAAUGUGUACUUUGGAUCGUUUGUGUUGAUGCACUGAACAUGGUGAGCGGUGACGUCCGCUCUUUACGGCCGACGUGCUGGUACUGCACUUGUGAACGCGCAAGAUUGCAGCUGGGGACAUGUGAGGAUGGCUUGUUGCUGCGUUGCAGCAACCGUGCCACGCUACGCUCGCCAGCAAAGACUGCACACCAGACAUCGGCAGGGGUACCGUGGCGUGGGCAACGCGGAGGGCACCUGGCUGGAGCUGCUGUGAGGAUGGAGCCAUCCCUGCCUCUGUAAAACCGAAGGAAG